UUUGUUCUAAGUCUGUAUAGCAAUAGUAUUUUUUUGGCUACACCACCAAUAUAAAUAGGCAUGCUUGGGUACUAUUUUUUUCCCAUAAGUUUGUAAACCUGCAGGGAACAGAAACAAAAAUGUUGGGAUUCAUCAGGAAUACCCUUCGGAAUAGGCUAUUGCAUCAUUUCAUCCAAGGAGAUUUUCAUGAAGUUGUCUCCAAGAUGACUAUCGUCGAUGCUUUCCUCUUCCUAAUUGUGCACUCAGUUGAUAAGCUGGCCAUAUGGCAUCGCUUACCAGUAUUCCUAGGGCUGAUUUAUCUGGCUACUCGACGACACCUUCACCAGAAGUACAACUUGUUGAAUGUAGGACAAUCUCCAUCCGAAGUUGGAUUUAAUCCUGGAAAGUAUCAAUACAGAACAAGUGAUGGAACAUACAAUGAUCCCUUAAAUGAAGAAGCAGGCGGCCUAGGUAGCUUCUUUGGCAGGAACAUGCUAUCUGUUGAUCAGAGACAAAAGUUGUUGAGACCAGAUCCAAUGGUUGUUGCCACAAAACUUCUAGCACGAAGAAAAUAUGAAGAUACUGGAAAGCAGUUCAACAUUAUAGCAGCUUCCUGGAUUCAGUUUAUGAUUCAUGACUGGGUAGACCACUUGGAGGAUACCAACCAGAUAGAGUUAAUUGCACCUAGAGCUGUUGCUGAUAAAUGUCCCCUUAACUCUUUCAAGUUCUACAAGACAAAGGAGUUUCCAACUGGCUUUUGUGAGAUAAAAUAUGGGACAAAAAACAUUCGUACACCUUGGUGGGAUGGAAGUGCUAUAUAUGGUGUCAACGCCGAAAGGAUGCAAAAAAUAAGGACCUUUAAAGAUGGGAAGCUCAAGAUCUCAGAAGAUGGUCUUCUUCUUCAUGACCAGGAUGGGAUUGCAUUGUCAGGAGAUAUUCGGAACAGUUGGGCUGGUGUCUCCACAUUGCAGGCUCUCUUCAUGAAAGAGCACAAUGCAGUUUGUGAUGCCAUCAAGGAGGAACAUCCAGAUUUUGAUGACGAACAUUUAUACCGCAUUGGAAGACUGGUGACUUCCGCUGUGAUUGCAAAGAUCCAUACCAUUGAUUGGACUGUGGAGCUCCUGAAAACUGAUAUGUUGCUUGCAGGAAUGCGCGGUAACUGGUAUGGUCUGUUGGGUAAGAAAUUCAAGGACAAAUUUGGGCAUGUUGGGGGAGUCUUCUUGGGAGGUCUGGUAGGUCUCAAGAAGCCAGUUAAUCAUGGUGUACCAUAUUCAUUGACUGAAGAGUUCGUUAGUGUCUAUCGAAUGCACUCGCUUCUACCUGAUUACCUUUGCCUUAGGGACAUCAAAGCUGCACCAGGACCCAACAAAUCUCCACCACUAACUGAGAAAAUUUCAAUGGCUAAUUUGAUAGGCCAGAAAGGAGAAAAGACUUUAUCAGAAAUUGGAUUCACUCAACAAAUAGUUUCAAUGGGGCAUCAAGCUUGUGGCCAACUAAAGCUUUGGAACUACCCAGAAUGGCUGCGGGAUCUUAUACCACAAGAUAUUCAUGGCAAAGACAGGCCUGAUCAUGUGGACAUGGCAGCUCUUGAAAUUUACAGGGACAGAGAGAGAAAAGUUGCUAGGUACAAUCAAUUUCGAAGGGCUUUAUUCUUGAUACCAAUCUCUAAAUGGGAAGAUCUGACAGAUAAUGAAGAAGAGAUUCAAAGUCUUAGGGAAGUUUAUGAUGAUGAUGUAGAAGAGCUGGACUUACAAGUUGGACUCAUGGCAGAGAAGAAGAUCAAGGGGUUUGCCAUUAGUGAGACAGCUUUUAUCAUAUUCCUUCUCAUGGCAACCAGGAGGCUAGAGGCAGACAGGUUCUUUACCAGCAAUUUCAACGAGGAGACAUAUACAAAGGAAGGAUUUGAAUGGGUGAAAACAACAGAAAGCCUGAGAGAUGUGUUAGAUCGGCAUUACCCCGAAAUUACAAAGAAAUGGAUGAAUUCAACAAGUGCAUUCUCUGUUUGGGACUCACCUCCGAAUGCUCACAAUCUUAUCCCUCUCUAUCUUCGAUUUCCCUCUUGA